GAGCUUCCUUCCUUGCGCGCACACUUUCCCCCACAUCAUGAAGCUUCGUCCUUUCCCUUCCAACCUCAACACGCCAGCCGCACUUCCCAAGCUUUAGUAAUUUGCGAUCAUGGCAACUACAACUUUGGGGAAAAGGACGCGAAGCUCCAAGCAGGAAGAGCCACCAUUGAGUCUCGACUACUCGUCCAAGCGGCCCAGACGUACCCCGAGAAAGCUUAGUGGGAAGGAGGACACCUCCAUUCUUGAUAAGGAGAAUCAAGAGAAUGAGCAGCCCGAGUCUGGCUCGCAAGGGGAUGCCGAACCGACCCCUACGAAGUGCCACUCAAGGCGGGAUUCGGUCGUCAGCGGUACCAGGAGCUCUCACGUUGGUCCCGUAACCCCGUCGACCCCUCGCCACUACGAUGUCUACGCCAGGAGUACCACCACUCCCCGCCACCGGGUUAUGUCGGUCGGCAGACUUUCGCGGCGGAUGACACCCCAGACACCCUUGACUCCGAGCACUAUCCAAACAGUAUAUCAUCAGGCAAGGCAGCUGUUCUCGCGCAGCGCCGAUCCUGGGCAACUGAUUGGACGAGACGAUGAGCGGGCACAGCUGCACAAGUUCCUUGAGCGCUGCACCUCUUCUCGCCCUGGUGGAUGUCUCUACGUCAGCGGACCACCGGGAACCGGCAAGAGCGCGAUGGUAAACAGGAUCACCGAAGAAGUCGCGUCCAGUUCGGAGACCAUCCGAAAGGCCUGCAUCAACUGCAUGAGCAUCAAAUCGUCCAAAGAUCUGUACAUCGCGCUACUGGACCAACUAUGCGGCGAUGGCGACAUGGCAGAGAACGACGUUGCGGAGUCCCUGCAGAAGCUUUUCUUCAACAAAAAGGGAACAGAUGUCUUCCUGGUGGUGUUGGACGAGGUCGACCACAUCCUGACAUUGGAUUCCCAGAGUCUCUAUCGCAUGUUUGAAUGGUCGUUGCAGCCGACGUCGCGCCUUACUAUGGUGGGUAUCGCAAAUGCGCUGGAUCUCACCGACCGGUUUCUUCCCCGCCUCAAGUCGCGCAACCUCAAGCCGGAGCUUCUCCCCUUUCUACCAUACACUGCGCCCCAGAUCAAGCGUAUUAUCACGGAACGGCUCAGGACUCUCGCCCCCGAGGGCUCCGCGGCCGACUUCAUCCCUUUCUUCCACCCUGCCGCUAUCGAGCUCUGCUCACGCAAGGUCUCUAGCCAAACUGGCGACCUUCGACGCGCCUUUGAGAUCUGCCGGCGCGCCUUGGAUCUGGUCGAGUCUGAGACCCGUCUCAAGCACGAGAAUGAGAUCAAAGACCAGCUCCUCCAGCAGAGUCCCUCCCGCAAGAUCCUGGGGGAGAACCGCAACCUCGCUUCUGGGGUCCAGUCUCCGGGUGCCCAGCAACUCCAGAGAUCCCUCCAACACCUGACGGCCACCACCGCCCCGCGCGUGACCAUCGCCCAUCUCAACAAAGUCACCGCUGCCGCUUUUAGCAACGGCCCGAGCCAGCGGCUGAAGACUCUCAACCUUCAGCAGAAAGCAGCUCUUUGCUCGCUGAUGGCAAUCGAGAAGCGAAAUCGUUCCGCCCAGGCGGCGGCGGCGGCAGUCCAAACCCCAUCCUCGGCAACACCGACGACUCCUUCUUCCCGAACUCGCCCUGUCGCAACAGCGCCAACAGUAAAGACCCUAUACGACUCCUACUGCACCCUCUGCAGGCAGGACUCCCUUUUGCACCCCCUUUCGUCCUCGGAGUUCCGCGAAGUCAUCAGUAGCCUCGAGACGCUAUCCCUGAUUACGCCCGUGGAUGGCAAAACUGGGUCGUUUGUCGGGCUGCAGGGCGGGAGUGUGGUUGGUGCCACGACGCCCGGCACUCCCAAGAGGACUCGGAGAAAGAAGGACGUUUUUUUUGGAGGGUUUGGCGGAACCGGAAUCGGCGGUGGCGGGCUAACUGCCGACGAGCAGAGAGUCGCAAGCUGUGUUGGAGAGAGGGAGAUGGAAGCCGCUGUGGAGGGCUUGGGGGCCGGGAUCCUGAGGGGAAUAUUGAGUGGUGAAGCGUUGGAUUAAUCCCUUUUUCCCCUUUUUCUUUUGCGACCGAUACUGCUAUCGUUGUACACUAGGCAUGGUGUGUGGGACUUGCUGUUUGGCAGAGCAUGCAUAGCAUGGCGUGGCACGGCGUGGGCAUAGAUUGGGGUGGCAUUGCGCGGCGUAUGUGUUCGUUGUUAGGUUUUGGG